GGCAGCCUGGAGUACAGAAAGAAGCUCUCAGAUUAACAGCUCUGUGACCCCAGGCAAGGAGCAAGCUGCCAUGAGUCCUACUGCCACAAGAAAAUGAGUUCUGCCAAAGCCUGAAUGAGCUCAGAAGUGGAUCCUUCCCCAGUCAAGCCUCCAUGUGAGAAUGCAGCCCUGCAUCACACCUGAUUGCAGCUUUGCAGAGGAUCCAGCCAGGCCAUGCCAGGACUCCUGACCCACAGAAACUGCACGGGCCCCCUUGUGAGCAGCAGACCGGCCUGGUGGCUGGCAGCAGGACCCCCUCGCCUGCAUGCUGAAGAAGAUGGGUGAGGCCGUGGCCAGAGUUGCAAGAAAGGUCAACGAGACUGUGGAGAGCGGCUCUGAUACCCUGGACCUGGCUGAGUGCAAGCUGGUUUCCUUCCCCAUUGGCAUCUACAAGGUCCUGCGGAAUGUCACCGACCAGAUCCACCUCAUCACGCUGGCCAACAACGAGCUCAAGUCCCUCACCAGCAAGUUUAUGACCACGUUCUGUCAGCUCCGAGAGCUCCACCUGGAAGGGAACUUCUUGCACCGCCUCCCCAAUGAGGUCAGCACCCUGCAGCACCUCAAGGCCAUCGACCUCUCCCGGAACCAGUUCCGUGACUUCCCCGAGCAGCUCACCACCCUGCCAGCACUAGAGACCAUCAACCUGGAGGAGAACGACAUCGUGGAUGUACCUGUGGAGAAGCUGGCUGCCAUGCCUGCCUUGCGCAGCAUCAACCUCCGCUGCAACCCCCUGAGUGCUGAGGUGCGCGUCAUUGCUCCGCCACUCAUCAAGUUUGACAUGCUCAUGUCUCCUGAGGGCGCCCGGGCCCCCCCGCCUUAGGCCUCGCUCCUCACGCCCACCCAGCAGGGGACAGAGGCCACCUGGGCUGGCACCCUGAGGGGAGGGAGUCCCACAGGCCCCUGGGAGGCCAAGCCUGGGGGGCUGGGGGGGGUGGGCCAAAGAGUAUGCGGUGGGAGGGGGCGCAGCUGGUCCAGGAUAGAUAGCUUAGAGCAGUAGUGGGCCCUGGAAGGCCCAGGAGGCGGAGGUGAGGUGGGGCUGGGGCCUGGAUGCUGGGUACUCACAGCUUCUGUGCACAUUUGGGCGCAUCCCCACCCUCUCCGAGCCUUGGUAUUUGGGAAGGGGGGCGUCUGCCUCCUCUGAGCUCCUUGGAGGCUCUUUGGGCAACACAUGCCUUCAAGUUACCCUCACAUCAUCAGGCACCUUCCGAGCCCACAGAUGGCCAUCACCGAGCGCUUUCUGGGCCACUGUGGGUUUGAGGCCUUGGGUCUGGUGUUGCGAGCCAGCCGCUUCCCUGAGAGGAAUAGGAGACAGCCUCCAGCUGUUUAUUGCUUCUUGAGGACUGACCUGCAUGAGGCCCUCUAAGGGGCCCCAUCCUCAGCCCUGUGGGUCUCUGGAUUGGCGGGAGCCUGAACCAGGAGUCAUGGGAAAGCUGUGGAGAGAGUGUGGCCCUGUGCUCUAGCCAGGGCUGAGAACGUUUAUUAGGAGCCCAAGGCCCAUCAGGCCAGGAAACCAGAGGAGCAAAUCAGGUCGGCUCAGUCCUUCCUCAUGAUGAAGACAUCAGCGGGGUAGGAAGUGCCCAGUGCGCCUCGGGACAGACCAGGUGUGCCUGGAGUGUGGUGAAGGAGCCGGAAGCACGAAGGAGAGGUGUGCCUGGCAUCAGCCCUUGCACCGCAGGAGAGGUGGCCCAAGAGAAGCAAAGCCAGCUGCGUCCGUGGCUCUGGUACAAGGUAAUUGCCUACCUCCACAGUCUGUGGCUGCCUCGUCACUGGUCCACCUGGGGGCAGAAGGCACUUUGGACCAUUGGAUUUGUGGCUGCCCAGCUCCCACGCCUCCACCCAAAAGCCCUGAUGGCCUAGUCAUUUCUGGGCCCUCCACCUGGAGUCUAGGAUGUGGCCAAGCCAUAGGGCUGGGACUGAGGGCUUGCCCGGGACAUGGGACUGCAGUGCUCUCACUGGGACAGUACCUGGCAAACAGGGACAACUGGUUUCCUACCAGGAAAGGGCCUGGGGCUCUUGCUUUCUGAUGGUAUCUGUGGUGCGGAGAACUCCUGACUCCUGACCUCCUGAUGCCCUAGGUACCCACCUCCCACCUUCUCAUCUGUGGAGCAAGCCGACUCAGAGCCCAGAGCGCACCUGGCCUGGCCCUUUGUCUUGGUCUGUGGAAGAUACCUGAGACCCCAGGACGUGGGGCAGGCCAGGCCAGGCCAUCCAAUCCUACACCCACGCACCGGUGGCCUCUCUUCCACUCCCAGGGUUAAGCUUCUCUCAGCCCAGACCCUCAUUCUCAGAAUGCUGUGUUCCUUCUCCCCUCCCCAGCCCUGGGGCCUGCUCCUGCCCAGGCCCCCUGUCUCCUGGCAAGGACUGACAGGUGGGACCAUUGUUGACCCAUCACUGAGUGCUCAGUGUCUCAAGAGAUGCUGUGUUUAGUCGCUCAUGUCAUAAGGCUUGGUUCAAGCUCUGGGAAAGGGGUUUGCAGGGCAAGGAGGUCCAGGUGGAUCUUCAGGGCUGCAGGGCUCAGCUGUGGACAAGUGGGAACUGUGGCCCAUUCCAGGCUGGCCUGGCCCUACCCACUCUGUGUCCCAGAGUCAAAGAAGAAGUGUACUUUUCUGAUAGGCACAAAGGCACUGUGUGGCCAAAGCCUUGCAAUUCAGAGUGUGGUCUGUGGACCAGCAGCACUGGCAUCCCUGGGAACUUAUUAGAAAUGCAGAAUCCCAGGCCCCACCCGAGGCCUCCAGAAUCAGAACCCGCAUUUCAACAAGAUCCCUAGGCGAUUCCUAUAAGCACUUUACCGUUUGAGAAGCCAGGGUCUAGUGGUGACCCUAGGGCUGUCCUUGGAGUGGCGGGUGGAGGUUCUCAGCCCUCCCCCUGCUUCUCCAGGUUUCUGAGCCUGUGCUCAGCCCCCUCCCUAAGCCAGCCCUGGGACACCCCGGGGCUCUUAGGUCUUUUCAGAGUCUGCGUUGACUCUUGCAGCGAAGGGAAUGACCUGAAGUCACCAGAUGAGAGUGUGCCUGGCCCUCUGGAUACUGCCUUUCUGGUUACCCUCUGCAUAUCCCUCUGCACACCCAGCUCCUGCUCCCCCACGUCCUCACGUCAGGCCCUUUGAAGGGGUUGUUGCUUCUGGAAGUUGUUUUCUCCUCUGCUCGGAGAGUUUGCCUUUGCCUGUGUGGGAAAGCCUGAGCUGUGAGAGAAGCCCCCACAUCCAAGCCCACAGUGUAAAUGAGCCCUUAGCUUCAGUCUGCAAUAAAGAACGCAUUGGUUUCA